AUGGAAGACGAUGGGUAUCGGGAUACUCAGCAUUGCCGCCUGCCCUGUACAAGGGAUUACCCUUUCCCUCCCGGACCCAACCCCCCCUCCCCCUCCUCCUCCGUCUCUGCCUCGAGAACCCUCCCCCUAUCACAACCUUUCUCCUCCAUCCAAUCCACACCCACAUCAACCUCCAACCACAAUUUUGUUCAAGAAAUUGGUGUGUCGAUCGGAAGGGCUUUGACAAAUGCCAGUAACAUCGCAGCUGUUCAGAAUACCGUGCCCAAUCUGUUCACAUUAACAAACUUGUUCUACCUGUUAAUCUUUGUGGAUAGUUGCUCAAUAUUAAAGUGCUUGCUGUGGCAAGAUGAAUUAUCAGAGAGGAGAUCGUACAAGACUAAGGCUCCCCCUCCCCCUCCAUCGCUGAGUGUUCUGGAUGGUUCCAGACUCUCCCAGAGACUCCCAGUAUAUCCACCUACUGCAAUGGACCAAAAGGAGAACCUCAUAGACCAAGACCUGACGCUGGUUGUAGUACUCCCUGAAGGAGUAGAGAAAACCACCAUUGUACAUGGCAGUAAAGCCAUGAUGGACCUGCUAGUUAUGCUGUGUGCUAAGUACCACCUGAACCCGUCCUCCCACACCAUUGAGCUGGUCUCUGCUAACAGGAACCACAUCAAGUUCAAGCCUAAUGCUCUGAUAGGAGCACUCGGUGCUGAGAAGAUCCUGCUGAAGGCCAAAGGGGCUGAAGACAAGAACAAGAAAACUGGUCCUCAAAUGCCAGAGGCUACUGUUCGCCUGGUUAUAAACUAUAAAAAGACACAGAAAACUAUCCUCAGAGUCAAUCCGCGAGUCCCUCUUGGAGAACUGCUUCCGGCCAUCUGUGAGAAAUGUGAAUUUGACCCGCAGACGACGGUUUUGUGUCGACAUGUUCACUCAGAGGAUCCACUGGACUUGACACACUCCCUCAAUGACUUUGGUCUGAGAGAGAUCUAUGCGAGGGACACAAAAGUAAUCAGCCCUGUAGAUGUGCCUCCUUCACCAACUCAUUCAGGUCUAAUUUCACCUGGAAAGGACAAAACCCAGAAGGAGAAAGAAAAUAAAGGACUGUUUGGUUUAUUCAAACGCGGAAGUAAAAAGAAAUCUGGUCCGGCUAUGACGGUGAGUGCCCCAGCGUCACCAGUCCACAGGAAGCAGAGACCUCUUAGUAUGAGUGCACUCAGCACCUGUACUCCCACGUAUGAGUCCAACACCAUGCCCUCAGACACCCCGAAAAAGAGACGCGCUCCUCUGCCUCCCACCAUGAUGUCACAGAGUGUGACCUCAGACCUCAGCGACUCCCAGCCCAAGACGCCGGCAGACAGUAACCAGAAUAUUCCUGCUGUAAGUCGGGGCUCUUCUGCCGCAUCUUCUCUGAAGAAGACCAAACGAAAAGCUCCCCCACCUCCCACCUCUCCCACCGUCGCAACCCCAGAGGAGCCUCCGCAGGAGAAGUGCAUGACAGGAUCUGCACCUCCUCUGGAGGAGAUUCAGGAGCAGGAGGAGAUCGUGACCUCUCAGGAGUCCAGUGCCGUGGAGGAGACCCAGGAGGACGACAGCAGCCUUAAUCUGUCCGCCGACAUCUCCAUGGAUUCCGGACACCGGGACUCCUUUCAGGACGCCGAGACGGAAAGCACGUCGCCAUCAGCUGGACCGGAGGAAGAUCUGUCCUGUGAUCUGUCCUCUGAUGGCAAAUUAGCGGAAGACUCUGUCAAACAUGAGGAGCAAGAAGAUCAAACCGCGAGGAGAGAGACUCAGGAUCAGAGCCAGACUGCUGAGAACGCCUCUGCUGACAGCGCUCUGGCCCCUGCUGAGAUAGAAGUUGAUGGAGCAGCCAUAACCAGUACAACUCCAGGACAACUCUGUGAGAGCUCUACGGAUGCGUCGGUCACAACCAGCCACACGUCUCAAACACAAACACUGCAAACAGAGCAGGAAGUAUCAGCUCAGACCAGCCCCAAGCCCUCCUCUGAGACCUCCAUGGAGAAAAGCGACCAGACCACGGAAACGAAGACUCAGACCGGCUCUGACCUUGAGCUUUCAUCCUGUCAGCUCGAAGAGUCUUCCUCCGUUGCGCCCUCCUCCUCCUCUUCCCUGAGCCUGAAAAAAGACAUGGCUACCUCUACAGAGGAACUGAAUAACAUAGUAGCACAGCCAGCUGUACCACAGACAAUCCAAUGCCCGGUAUCAGAACAGACCGUCUCAGCGCCGAAAGGGGCACCGCUGUACAUCACAGAUACUGAGCCAAAACCGAAGCCCUCCAACGAGGUGACCAGGGACUACAUCCCCAAGGUGGGAAUGACCACUUACACCAUUGUGCCUCAGAAAAGUCUGGAGAAGCUGCGUGUCUUUGAGGUGGAGCUGACUCUGGAAGCCCCUCCAACAACUGGCCAACAGGAAGUAAUGACGGAAACGCAGGACUUUACCACGCAAACCAACCAGCCAGCUGUCAAGGUCGAGCAGACGGAGGUGCUCUCGUCUGUGGCUGGGGAAAAACCAGCACUCAGUAAUGGUACCUCCACUCCUCACAGCCUCAAGAGUAACACCUCAUCACCAAUAUCUGCAUCGCCCUCUACCCCUACGUCACCUAUGGGCAGGGAAACCUCUGUUUCAUCCCCCUCUGAACUGAGAUCUCCUGGAGGGCUUGAAGGAGAGAUGAAAGACAAGAAAGUUCCACCAGCCACUAAGCCCAAGCCUGCCUCAUUUCGCCUGCCUCAACAUAAAAGGAUACCUGGGCAUUACGUAACGUCAGCUGCAGCAAAGGGCGAGAUUUCCAGCCCCGUAAGCCCGAGAGAGGUUGUGGGCAGCCCAGUGAGUCCAAAGAGUGAACCUGAACACGGGAAAGAGCUAGAGAGUUUUCCCCCUCCCCCACCACCAGUUAACUGGGACCAGGAUGGAAAUGAAGGUCCUCCAGCGGAAAUGAAAGGGGCGGAUCCUCCAGCCAACAGGCUGAUCCGACAGAUGAGCUUGCCCGUCAGGGAGGUCCCGGUGGCAGGUCUGAGCGUGGAGAAGUUACGGACCUUUGCUGCUCCCAAACCAUACUCACCUGCUACGCCCUCACGCUUCGCCCAGGCGGUGUCCUCUGCUGUUAGAAGAUCUCAGUCCCUGCAUGGACCCAUGAAAGGAUCUCCCCAAAAACUGAAUUUCCCACUCACAGCUCACAGCCCAAUCAGAGAGGCAACACAUGAUCCAGGAAGCACCAUGAUGGACAAUAGUGCAAAAGCAGAGGACAAAAGCAUUGGACUGCAGGGAGCAGAUGACCCGAACUGCAGCCCGGCCAGUGAAGCUCCGGUCCAGACCACAGAGCAGAAAGACCUGACCCAGAACAGCACUCUAUGUGGACUGGAUGGGUCUUGUUAAAACAGAUCAAUCAGACCGCCAUCAGGAGCUGAUGUGUGUGAAGGAAUGUUGCUGAUGUUGAGUGUUCGCCGAAGGCAAAGUGUUAAGGAGAGGAACAGAUGACAUUACCCUGUACAUUCACCAACAUCCACAGUGCCUUCUCGGAGUAGCCUUUAUGUUUAUUACAGCAGGGAAUCCACUUAGACGGAUAUAGUCUCAUACAUUCUGUUACUUAAUUUCUUGUUCUGAAAUGAUUAUAUUAAGAUAUUACAAAUUAUGUUGUGUUUUGGCACACAAGCCAUAUUAAAUGUUGGAUCUUUUGGGGAUAGGUUGUUUCAUGAUUUUCCAUAAAUUAUGUAUAGAUACAGAUUUAAAAAAAAAGGGCUGUUUUAUUUGUAUUUUUUUCUUUUAAGUUAUUAGGCAGAGAAAAUUAAGAUCUCAUUGUAAACCAAUGUGAAAAGGGUACUUAAAGAAUUCAGUUUUCACUCAGUCAGCUGUAAGUGGCCAUACACAUCACAACACGAACAACUAUGUCUCUCCUCUGAAUAAGUUGAUGUCAAUUGUGUAACAGAUGUGUGGUACUUCCCAGAGUAUAAAUACUCAAAUUUCAUAUAAGCAUUAUCUAAUAAUGUGUAUUUAAAUACAUGUUGCAUCAAACCUAUGCUGUAAUUAUGUACAUACACAAAAGCAGUUCAAGGCACCACUAAUAUUACGUGAGACCUUGUCAACUAAGCUGUUCCCAAGAGAGAAGACACUGGUAUGCUUAUGGGUAUGGAGAAAUCUGCUGUAAUGUUUGUAAAAGAUGAUUUCACAUCUGUCUAUUAAAAUAUCACUUCAA